GAAGCAUCUGCGGCUCGCGCUGUGGCAGCUGUCCUCGCGCACUCGGCUGGUGCUCGGACCGACAGACAGAAGCUCCGCUGGAGGAGGACGGUGUUGGAAUCCACGAAUAGAAACGGAUCAUGGCUGCCAACAUGGGGUCCAUGCGCAUCCUCAUCAAGGGAGGAAAGGUGGUGAAUGACGACUUCACACAGGAAGCAGAUGUUUAUAUCGAGAACGGCAUCAUACAGCAGGUUGGGAAGGAGCUGAUGAUCCCAGGUGGAGCUAAGGUGAUCGAUGCUUCUGGAAAGCUGGUGCUGCCAGGUGGAAUCGACACCUGCGUUCACCUGCAGCAGACGUUUAUGAACGCCAGCAUUCAAGACGACUUCUACAGUGGAACCAAGGCGGCUCUGAUGGGUGGUACCACCAUGGUGAUGGCUCUGGUCCUGCCUGAGCAGCACUGCUCUCUGCUGGACGCUUAUGAGAGCUGCCGCAGUCUGGCAGACGCCAAGGCCUGCUGUGACUACGCUCUGCAUGUUGGGGUCACCUGGUGGGGACCAAAGGUACGCAAUGAGAUGGAGAGCCUGGUGAGGGAGCACGGCGUGAACUCCUUCCAGAUGUUCAUGGCCUAUAAAGACCUGAUGAUGCUGCGGGACUCAGAGCUGUAUCAGACGCUGCAGACCUGCAAGGACAUCGGAGCCAUUGCACGUGUGCACGCUGAAAACGGAGAGCUCGUGGCAGAGGGCGCCAAAGAGGCUCUUGAUCUGGGAAUCUGUGGACCAGAAGGAAUAGAGAUAAGUCGACCAGAGGAGCUGGAGUCUGAAGCCACUCACAGGGCCAUCACAAUCGCCAACAGGGCGCGCUGUCCCAUCUACCUGGUGAAUGUGUCCAGUAUGCUCUCUGGAGACAUAAUUGCUGCUGCCAAGAUGCAGGGUAAGGUGGUCCACGCUGAGACCACUGUAGCUCACGCUGUGCUGAAUGGGAACCAGUACUACCACCAGGACUGGACCCAUGCAGCUGCUCAUGUCAUCGUCCCUCCUCUGCGCCUGGACCCAAACACACCGAGCUACCUCAUGGGCCUGCUGGGAAAUGACACUCUGAGCGUCGUUGCUUCAGAGCACCGUCCGUUCAGCACCAAGCAGAGAGCUUUGGGCAAAGAAGACUUCACCAAGAUCCCUCAUGGAGUGGCUGGGGUCCAGGACCGGAUGAGUGUCAUUUGGGAAAGAGGAGUGGUGACAGGAAAAAUGGAUGAGAACCGUUUUGUGGCUGUGACCAGCUCCAACGCAGCCAAAAUCUACAACCUGUAUCCACGCAAAGGUCGGAUCAUCCCUGGAGCCGACGCUGAUGUGGUCGUCUGGGACCCCGAUGCAACCAGGACGAUCUCCCUGAGCACCCAGGUGCAGGGCGGAGACUUCAACCUUUACGAGGGGAUGCGCUGCCACGGCGUUCCUCUGGUCACCAUCAGCCGGGGACGCCUGGUGUGUGAGAACGGCGUGUUCAUGUGCGCCGAAGGCUCCGGGAAGUUCUACCCGCAGCGCACUUUCCCCGACUACCUCUACAAGAAGAUGGUCCAGAGAGAAAAGAACCAGGCCUAUAAAGGAGUAGUAAGGGAUCCUUAUUCUGGUGAUGUGGCCAAGGUUGCAAACACAAUGAAGAAGGAGCUCGGUUUGGGUCCGAUCGACGGCGAGUCGCCAAACAAGCUGGCCGCUCGGGCCCACCAGGGUGUCAGAGACCUCCAUGAGUCCUCCUUUAGUCUGUCAGGUUCUCAAGUUGACGACCACAUCCCGAAGAGGUCCUCCGCCCGGAUUCUGGCUCCCCCUGGUGGCCGCUCCAGUGGCAUUUGGUAAUCGUUAGCGUUGGAGUUCAAACCGUUUCCACCUCUGUGUUUUUAUUAUAUUUCCAAGCGACCAGAAAAACUGCACUGAUUUUAAAACAGCGGAAUAAUAUUUUAAAAGUAACAGGAAAACAAAUUCAAGUAAAAGUCUGACGCAUUUAUUAAUUAGUGGUUUACAAAAGUGACGUUUAAACUGUGAAUUUGUGGUUAACUGGAUUAAACAAGGGCUAGCUUUGAACUUAAAUUCUAGCUUAUUGUAAUAAUAACAUAAAUUUGCGGUGCUUUUAAGCCGCUGGUUACGUUUUAACCAGCGGCAGAUCAAAACCAGUACAGUUUUUAACGGUUCGAAACAAAAGUGUUGCCAGAAUUAUUUAAAGAUAAGUGGAUUCAAACCCGUUACUGACAAACACACGGUGCACCGUAGACACCAUAGCGUUAUAGUUUCUUGUGAUAAAUGUGCGUGGAUCCUGUUUGUGACCGGACGACCCCACUGAGAGUGUUUUUGGUUUCCAGUGGACCAACAGUUCUGUAUGGUGAUGAAAUCCAGCUGCUUCUAACACUCCGUCUGUCUGUAUUUACACUUCUACUGCCUCUAACAGAACCAACAAAAUGCCUGGAAGGUAACGUUUGUCUAGGGCUGGGCAAUAAAUCUAUUUUAUUGAUUGGGUUUUGAGGAUUUAAUGUUUGGAAUACCAGGAUUUUUUUUUCCACCAAUGCACUCCUUGGGUUCCCAUAGUUCAGAGUGAUGUCAGCCAAAGCCGCCAUCUUGUUUUACGAGAGAUUAAAAUUAAUCAUGAUAUUGCAACCACAUAGUUGUUGUGAUGUGAGAAUACAGUCAAACAAAUGCAAGAAUAAGACAUUAAGAUUACCAGAAUAAAGUUAUAAUAUUAGCAGAAUGAAGUAAUAAUUUUAUAAGAAUAAAAAAAUAAAAAGUAAGGAAUGUUGAGCAGUUUGUGAAGUUAUACUUUGGAAUUGGUUUCAAAGAUAAGACAAUGAUCUCUUAACACAUCAGUGUGACUAAGAAUGUAACUUUUUUCUGAUUAUUUCAAAAUGUUUUUCUGGUAAAAUUGCAUUUCUAUUCUGCCAAUAUUAUAGCUAUAUUCUUGUAAUGAAACAAAACUUAUUUUAAUGGAUAAUUGGAAUUAUCCAUUUGUAAUUUCUUUUUUUAGAAAAGAAAGUGAGAAAAUAAUCAAUUUAAAUCGGAUCUGGUGUGAAAAAAAAAAGGUAAUUGUAGUAUUUAGUGGUAUCGCCCAGCCCUAGUUUUGUCCCUUUUAGGACUCCGUAUCUGGGGCAUCUAAAGGGAAAACAAAGAGCGAUGAGUUAAAGUUCAUUUGUGGGUUAAAUGGUUUCUCUGUUAACCAGAUUAUGACAAUGGAGUUUAUUGUAAGUGAAAUGAAUGGAGGGGGAAUGCAGUCCCUCCUCAUGAGCCAUCUGAGCGAAAACAAUAAACAAAUAAACCUCGUUUCUAAAUUCAUGCUUCAAUAAUGAACAAAAAUGCAGCAAUUAAUUUCCUUUAUGUACAGUAGCAUUCACCAGUUUGUUUUUGUUUACAUUUUUCUACCACUGGCAGCUUAUUUAUUGCAGAAUUAUGUGUGUUUUUUUAACUCCUUUGCUGCAAAAACUCAAAAUCUUACCAAGUAUUUUUUUGUUUAUCUUCUAACAUCUUAAUUCGCUUGAAGUAAGGCAAAACUAACUUGAAAAUAACUUUUUAGUAAGUUAAUAAUUUUCUAAUAUUGAUUAAAAAAUACUAGCUCCAAUGGAAGAUUAUUUCAUAUAGAAUUUUAAAAAUUCUUGUUACAAGUGAAAUAAUUUGCCAUUAUUUUACUAGUAAGAAGGAAUUAUUGACUUAAAAGAAGCUCAUAUUUCUUGCUGAAAAGUUACUUGUGAGUUAGUUUUGUUUGAUUUCAAGUGCACUACUAUAUUUUCACUAAACUACACCAGAAAUACUUGGUAAGAUUUUAUUUUUUUGCAAUGUUGUUUAUGCAUUUCACUAUAAAUGAGGCUGCAGAUGUGAUAUAGACAGAGAGAUUAUAAUACAAUCCCGUAUUAUAGCAGGAAGAUUGAGCUGCACAGGCUGAAAUCUGAAGAAAACCCUCCGGAUGACGUCUCAUUCCUGCCUACUAGUGUUAUAUAUUUAUGCAUAAUCACAUUCUCAUGUGUGGGUACUCUAUACCGUUAAAAACAGAUUAUUUUUACUUUGUGAAAAAGAUUAAAUGUGCCAAUGGGAAUCACCUGUGCCACUCUGUUAACGACGCAUGGAGAGAACCAUGUGAACAGACACAGGUUCAUUAAAAAAAACAACUGGUGCUUUUUCUAGGAUUGUUUACAACUGUGAUCAUAUUGUUGGACAUUUUGUGUUUUUCUGCUGAGGGCACUGUGAUUCAGUGGUUGUGUUUGUGGAGUGGUGUUGGAAAAUGAACCUGUUAAGUCUGUAAGUGGCUGCUUGUUUCUUACCACAAGAAUAAAAGUAACUGAAUAAAAAAAUGAAUAAAAAAUCUAACAAAUCUUGA